UCACCAGGCAUCAGGUCAUUUGGCUUGCCAGCGGGCACCGCGUCAUCUGGCAAGGCAGUGGGCACCGAGUCACCAGGCACGACAGUGGGCACCGGUUCAUCAGGUAUCGGAUUGUCUGGCUCGACAGCGGGCAUCGGGUCACCAGGUAUGACAGCGGGCAAUGGGUCACCAGGCAUCAGGUCAUUUGGCUUGCCAGCGGGCACCGCGUCAUCUGGCAAGGCAGUGGGCACCGAGUCACCAGGUAUGACAGCGGGCUCUGAGUCAAUUGGCACGACAGCGGGCACUGGAUCAGGUACCGGAUCAUCUGGAUCAACAGCGGGCAUCGAGUCAACUGGCCUAAUAGGAUCGUCGGGCUGGAUCAGUUCAUCAUGCUGAGUAGCAGCAUCAGGCUGAGUAGAGGCAUCAGGCUGAGUAGAGGCAUCAGGCCGAGUAGAGGCAUCAGGCUGAGUAGAGGCAUCAGGCUGAGUAGAGGUUUCAGGCUGAGUAGAGGCUUCAGGCUGAGUAGAGGCUUCAGGCUGAGU